GCGGAUUUGUAGGGUACUCAAUGUACCAACAAGUGUGCUGCUGCUUCUGCCGGUCCAGUUAAGUUGUUUUCUUUGGGUCCUUGAAAUAGGUACAGUACCUUCAGCGAGAAGUCAGAGGUCGGUGGUGCUUUCCCUCCCAUUGUUCGUGGUGGCUCCUUUCAGUACUUCAUAACUGCUAAAAAUAACAUGUUGGCGUCGUUGGUUCUUGUCCUCGUCUUGCUUGAAUUUUUUCCAGCUGCAAACAGUCUCUUUUUAUCCCACCGGCGGUUCCAGCCCGGACGAGGACAACACGGUACGCUCGAUCACUACCCCUAUGAAGGUCGUGGAGGUGGGCCACCACAGCAAGGACAACAGCAAGUUCCGGGCAGUAUGUCCAGUGUCGCGUCCUCAUCGAUUCCCAGCACUGCGGCUUUGAUGUCGACGGGAAGCUCGCUUGCAGAUUACAACUUGGCGAAUUUAGGAAUUCAAGAAGACGACGACUUCUAUGCGGACGACAGCAACCUCUUCGGCAAGAGCGCGGGCGCUGCUACGGCCGCGCAGCUACCCAAUGCCGCAAAGCUGAAAGACGAUGCUGAGAGACGACUACGAGGAGCGGGAGGAGCAGCUGCUGCGUUGGGAGGGCAGCAGCAGCCUAGUACGAAGGGACAACAACAGCCACCGCAGCAGCAACAACAGCAGCGCACCUGGCACCGCAACUAUGCCCCUCUGAUCGCGGGAAACAGUCGCAGUGUGCCAUUGUUACAACAACAGAACGUCGGCACAGGUCCUGCCCGGGUCCCGCGGUUGCCAGUCGAGCGGUCUUGCCAAAGCAAAACUAUGAGAGUGCACAACUCCCCCUCCUCCUCAUUUGUGUUGCGUGAGCAGUAACAUAAGCGCUGGCAAAGAUGCAGCUUUUGCAUGACAAAUUCCUAGAGGAUUGUAGUGCGGUUUUGGCUUUCGGAAUCUGUCAUGCAAAAUGUGCUAGCAGAAAAAAGGUAGAAUUGGGAAUUUGCAUGACAAAUAGGGGGAGGGAGGGUUGUGCACUCUCAGAAAAACGCCCGGAAAACGACAGCCGAACCUCCAGGAUGAAGAAGAGGAGGACUGUAUCCUGAGUAAGAACGUCCCCACGCCAGAGUUUGUGAUUUUGGAAGAAGCAUCACGUAAUCGAUCUGUGAUGCUGCUGCAGAAGCUAAGAGGAGCAAACUACGAGCCCAAUCUUGUCGUGCGCAACAACCAAAGCUUGUUGAUUUGUAUAGCAGAUUUCCCAUCUCGUUGAUUCUGGGGCGGGGACUCUUUUACUCAGGAUAGACUGCUCCUGGUGCAGCUGUUUCCGCCCUGCGAAAGCCACAAAGAGAGCCGGUGGAAGUGGGCGGAGCUCCAAGAGCCGCAGGAGAAACGGUAGUACCACCACGACGGCCCCCGCGAUCCGAAACCACCCAAGGAGCAGUGCAUUCUGGAUUCCGGGGUUGUGAGGAUGAUAUAAGUAGUUAGCAGGGUAGGCUGGAAGUCGAAGUAGGGACGAGGAAUCAACUACCCCGGGUUUAGGCGUAAGUCAACUAAGGAUUGGGCGCAAAAGUAACUGCAUUUCAAAAUGUACAGUACUACAGUAUGAUUUUACGGCGAGUGAUGGCCGCUCGUUCGAAUCAAACCUUUAGAAGUGCAGUCCGUUGUGCUGCAGGUACACUAGAAAUCUCCUGAAAAAGCCACUUUACAUUAGUAAAAUACGAUCCGCUGUCUGUGAAAAGUCAACCACGUAAAUUACAAAGUACUGCAGAAUUUUGCUGUUUUGCGAAAUGUAAAGAAACGGAAAAGAGGCACAUGUGACCAGCAAGUUUUGCUGUAGGCGUAAAACAGGUACCAUAGGAAUAUCAAAUGCAGUCGAUGUCGUGUAGAGAAUGCAAUGCACAUUUGGAAUAAUUGCUUGUUUUUUUUGGUUUCAGAG